AAGCCAUUUAAUUGUUCUUUGAUGGCUGUCGACUUUCUUAAUUGUUAUAUUUCUGUCUAUUUUACUUUUAUUUUCGUAUAAAUAGAUUAUUGACUUAAAUGGGCUUAAGAUUACAUAAUUUCAUCUUAUUAUCAAAGUUUCUCUGUGUAUGAUUGAUAGCCGGUAAAUUUAUCAUUAUACGCUUUUAAUCUUUUUAACCAAUAACUAUCUGAUAAAGUAUAUACAAGUUCUUUUUUUGGGGCACGUAUGAAAUAAUGAUUAUUAACAACGGAACACGUCCACGGUAAUCAUAGCAAAGAGCCUCACGAUAUUAAAAUCAAGUCAAUUUCUACCUCUUUAUUAUAGUAAAUUACUGCUACAUUUAUGGAAAUUGUACCAUAUUUCGAAUGUUCAUUAGAAACCAGCGCUCUUUCUUUCUUUUUCUCUCCUUAUGCGAAAUUGUAUAGGAAAAUCGCAAUAGGACAACAACGAAAAAAAAAGGGAAAUAGAAUCUCUUUCGUCCUAUGUUUGCACAUAGAAUGAUCAAUAAAACAAGGACAUUUUUAUUAAAAUUAUUACAUCACUAAAUGAGAUAAUAUUCCGUUAAGAAAAUAUGAGAUAAGCAAAAAUCUGUGUUUUUGAAAAGUAACAUCUGCUCUUAUCAAUAGUAUAAUUUAUUUUUUAGUAUAUUUAUCUCAAGACCUAUAAAAGAGUAUUUUAAUAGUUACUACCUACAUAAAAUCUGAUACAAACGCUUAUAGACGCUGAACAGCGAAGGUAUUAACAUUAUUUCGAAUAAAUGUAUAUAUCUAUAUUGAUAUACGAAUGAAUAGCGUAGAGUUAAUAGAAAAGGUAUUUGUCAAAAGAUAAUAUUAAUUCAAAAAUAUAGCUCUAUAUUUACUUUUCAAAUUUUGAAUAAGAGAUCUUGAAUAUUACAUAUUGGGAAUAUUAUAUAAUUAACUGUUCUUUUCUUCUUCUUUUUUUUAUAUCAAAUUUUUUCUCUCCUAGUUACAUGUCCUUUUGAUCUUUGACUGUAUCAAAAUGCAUUUUUAUCUUGUACUAUGAUUCCUAAAGAUGUAAAAGAAAAACGAAAAAAUAAAAACUUUCAACCUACAUUUGUACUACUUUUUUUAUGAAUAAGAUAUCUAUUAAAAAUAGAAUAAUAAAUAGCAUACUGUAUUUUGGUACUUUAUUAUUUGUAUUUCAUCUAAUGAUAAGGUGGAACAAGAUAAAUUAAUAUAUAAAAGCUUUCUAUCGCUUCUAUACUGUCCUCUUUAAACAAUUAAUUUCGUUAGAACUUUUAUAAAUUAAUUAAUAAAGGUAAAAAAAAAAGACAGAAAAUAAAUGGGCAAAGCGAUAAAGAACAGUUAAUUUUUAACCUUCAACAGUAACCUUGAGUAGGCAGCGAGUAGAUGUUGUUUUCUGUAAUUAAUACGAUGGACAUUUUUUUGUGUAAAUUUGCUAUGAAAAAUUAACUUAUUAUAAUAUUGAACACGUCAGUUCCUUUUACCUGUUCAAUUAAGGUUUCAACCAGGUAGCCUGAUUAGAUUUCUAAAGAUUUGUUCGGACUAAGGGGAGGUUAAUACCCUAAAUUGUUGUGCAAUGUAAUUGAUCAUUUAUGAAAUAUUGAUUGAUAUUUGUAGUUGAAAAAAAAAAGUCUUUUCUUUUUGUUAGGAAAUCUUUAGUAAAGUUAUUAAGCGGUGUAAAUCAAUAAAUAUAAUAUAAACAGUAGUACGUAAAUAAAGUAAUUUUAAACAAUAAUGCUUGUGGGAGAUUAUCCACAUGUCAAGACAAAAAAGUUCCAAGUUCAUAAAGUAGGUCGAUAAAGAUUUCUUGGAACUUUUCUUUAUCUAGAACUAAUCCAUUGAAUUUUGUAUGAUUAAAAAAGGUUUUUAUUCAUCCUUUUAGCUGGGCCACGCGACAUGCCCCGCUGAAAUCCUAUGUUACCUACAAGGACGCCAGAUUCGCACAUGCGCCGCAACCCGGAUUGUCACGUGACCAUACCAAAUUACUACCUGCAAACUAUUGUUCCACCACACUUCUAUAACGACCUGAAUCUACUCGGCUAUGUCAACCCGGCUCAUAGACGAUUAGACAGACCAUAUCCAGUCCCGGCUCAUCCUCCUCUUAAUAGAAAUGUACAUAGGCCAGUCCAAAAUGAUGAUUCGACUGAUUUGUAUCCGGCUCACUUUCGGAAGGGUUCUAUUAUCGAAUUAGCCGACGGAAGUCUGACUCGGGUAGAAGAUUUAAGAGAAGAGGAUUUACGAAAGAGCGCAGAAUUAUCCAACGAAUUUCAUCUAGACACUUCUACACUUUUAAAAAUUGAACGAGUCCAUCAAUCUAAUGUCAUCCAAUUAGUAUUUGGGGUAGGAAAGAGUAUGAUUGAGGAGAGAUGGAAAAAAAAACAAAAAGAUAAAAUGAAGAAAAUUCUUUCUAUUCUUCUAUCCGUUGGGGCAGUUAUCCGAUGUCCCCCUGAAAAUAUAUACGUCAUUUCAGUUCGUUCUACGGUCGAUCAUCCUAGAUUAGAUUUUGGUCAAGGUUAAUCGGAAAUUCAAAACUGAUCGACUGCAGGUUUUUAUAACGUACAAUACAGUGAAAAAAGAGAACAGUGUUUUUUUAAUAAAGAGAUCUUAGGUCAUAUUAUUCGUAUAGCUAUCAUUUCUAAUUUUAGAUGAAUAAAUCUACAGGUUAGAGUACUGGCGGCAAUAGAACAUCCAUUUUUUGUGCUGAAAAAAGGCUGGUCAUCCCACGAUCCUCAAGCGACCUUACGUCGUUAUGGUCUAUUGUGCGACGGUUUAAACAUUGGGGAUGUAUGUAUCUCCCUAAGGCCUAAGGACGAAUCGCUAGAGGAGGCAACUGUCGACGUAGUCGGCGAUAAUCCUGCAUGAUAGACAACCUUCAAUUCCAAUCUACCUCUAAAUUGGAGACGCAGGCGCCACCAAGUGACGCGACUUUAGGUUCCUCAACUUGAAAAGGGUGAUGAAGGACUAAUCAUUUUUUUUUAAUUUUUAUUUUUGUGCCAUUGUUUUUUUUUUCUUUUCUUUGUUUUAAAAAAAAACCCUCCCACGGUUUUCUAGCCCUGCGAAUGGGAAUAAAAACUUUAUCACGAUGUGUAGAAUAAUCCUCUGCAAUGUAUUAGAUUUUCAUUAUGAAAGAAAAAAAACAGCAACAACAAAACAAACAAACAAAAGCCAAACAAACAAAUUAAAGGAAAGACAAUUUAGUUUUUUUUUCAACUUUAUUCAAAGUGAAAUAAAUGGGUCAGGAAGUCAUACCCGACAGUUGUUUUUGUUACACAAUUUAAAAUACUCGUGUUACUUCUUCUUUAUUCUUUUUACUUCUUCUACUUCAUCUAACACUAAUGUAACGCUCCCAAAGGUUAUGUAAAUAAGGCGUUUCUUGCUAAAAUGUUGGGAAAUUUGAUUUCAAUAUAAUGCCCUUCCAUCAACGACCUACUUCAAUAAAAAAGAGAAUCCCUCUAGAUAAGUUAGACGUUCUUAGUAGGGAAAAAUGAAUCGAUAAAUUAGUGGAGACGCUUUAGCUUCUGAUUGCGUAAAAAAUGGAUUAUUGAAUAAAAUAUAAAGAAAUUUUAAAACAUUAAACUUACUUCAAGCUUAAUGUUUCUUGAAGCUUAGAAAUAGAAUUUUCUUACGGAGAACUCUCUUUUAUCAAUUCAAAUCAGGCGUCUUUCAACGCCUUUGAGGGCGUUCGAAUUCUGGAAUAGAACGAUUAGGGGCUUUGGUGGUUUUAAUGGGAUAUUUUAUGGCUUUAUAUUUUUCGUUGUUUUAAACGAGCAAAUAAAAGAAACGACAAAAUAAAAAAAUAAAACAUUUAGCUCUACUUUAAUACAAAAGAGGGAAAAUAGAAGACAAACAUUAAGUUACCUUUGCGUGUGAAUUGUCAUGAAUUUAAUACAAAAGUAAUGUCAGAUAUACGCUUUUAAAACUCUUUCUUAGUCUGUUAAAAGUUAGAGAGUAAUAUAAAUGAUUUCAUUCUAAAAGAGUAGUUUAUAUGACAUCUUGUGGUUGUAUAUACAAAUAAUAUAGCAAUGUCGUUUUGAAAGCUUAUACAAUAUAUUUUAUCUAAUAUAAGAGUUUUAGAAUGAGAAAAUAACUGUUAAUCACAGUUCAUAUGCGAGCGAUAAGAUAAUAUUUUUUAAAUUAAACAAUUUAAAAGUGACCUUGC